AUGAAACCCCGAAAAAAUCAAAGUGAAGACAUUGAUUCUAUCUACAAAGCCACGCUACUCAAGCACAGGGACACAAUCAUUAACAACAAAUAUGCAAGAGAGCUUGAAACUAAAUAUAAUAAAAGCCAUCAAAAAUCAUAUACCUUUACACCUAAAAAAUCUCCAAAUUUCACCCAUGUUAACACCCACCUGUGGCCAGUCCACAACCGGAUGUUCAUAAAAGUCUUGAAAUCCAAGCUUGACGACGUUUUGAUUCCUACUAUUUCGCGUAGAAAAGAAAAUAUCGACAUAAACGCCAAAUUAUCAUUUGAAAAAAUCAGAAAAGUAUUGAGAACUUCUAAUGGGCGCAUUAGAAAUGACAAAGGGAGGCAUGAACUUAAAGAUCUUGAUCUCCUCGCUGUGGAUUUUGGUGGACCUCCUUUUCCAAGGAGGCCAAAAGGGUCACUUCCAAAGCCAAGACCAUUGACUACAAGUGCUAGGCAUACCCAUCGUAAGGAGGUAAAACAACAAAAAGCAAAGACAAAUAUUUCGCCAAUAAAAAUUGGGCUGAAUUUUACGUAUAUUGACGAUGCCAAAGAGUCAUCUGUUGAUAAUCUGGAUAAUGACACGUUAAGAGAUAAGGAAGAGUUUAGAAUGUUGCAUCAGCCCAGAUAUUAUAACGAUUAG